AUUGGCUGAGGCGACGAAUCGAGCAGCGUGAUUGGCUCAGGCCUGGAAAAGAGCGUUCGAGGAUCCUCAAUGUACAGGCCGCAGUAGUGCUACCGUUGGAAAAUUAACAAUAAUAAAAUACGACAGAUUCGAGGGGAUCCGAAACUCUUCAACGCUCCGAAGGCAGUCGCGGAGUAGACACUUUCCUCCCAGAUGCCCGAUUCACAGAUUUGCUUAAUGUUUGUGAUGCUUUUAUGUGAAGGGAACUACUGUCAAAUGUGAAGUAUUGUGGAACAGUCACAGAUAAUGGAUCAAGGUGGAGGGAUCCUGGAGCUGCACAAGGAUUUAAAAAUGCCCCAUACAAUGAUAAUGCCAGAUUUUGUAGUCGCAGGGAUGGGAGGCAUGGCCCACAUCGACGGCGAGCACAUCGUGGUGUCGGUGCCGGAGGCCGUGAUGGUGUCAGAUGUGGUGACGGACGAGGGCAUCAUGUUGGAGACUGCCCUGGAGGCUGAAGUGGUGGAAGGGCCCGACAUCUGUCAUGAGGACGUCAUCACCACCGAGGGCGUCAUCAUGUCCGAGUCCAUCCUGGGGGCCGAAGUGGCCAUCCAAGAGGCUCUGGGCGGCACCGCUGACCUGAUUGAAGAGACGGUGCCCGAUCAGGUGUUUGUGGCCGACCUCAUGUCGCCUCACGAUCAGAGCCCGCUGGACCACGACCUGGUGUCCGCUGAGGUCAUGGUGACGGACACGGAGACGGUCAUACAGUCGCACGACACCAUGCCAUCUGACGUCACUAUUAAAGCGGACGAGGAGGAGGAGGAGGAGGAUGUGAAGAGCACUUCGGAGGACUACCUCAUGAUUUCCUUGGAUGAGGUUGGGGAGAAGCUAGACAUUGGAGACGCGCCCUUAAAGAUCAGUGCAGAAGUGGGCCAGGACGACGACGGUUCCAAAGAGGACGAGUUCAGCUCGGAGGUCAUUAAAGUUUACAUCUUUAAGGCAGAUGGAGAUGAAGAUGUGGAAAUAGGCAGCACGGAGGUGGUGGCAGAGAGCGAUUUUCCCAACGGGCACACGGCGCUGGAGCCGGCGGGUUCAGGCAGGCUGCCCAGAGAGAAGAUGGUCUACAUGGCUGUGAAGGACACCAGCCAAGGAGAGGAGGAUAUCAACUGUUCGGAGAUGACUGACCAGGUUUAUAUGGAGGUCAUAGUUGGGGAGGAAGAGGCUCCUGCCAUCACUGAAGCGCAGCUGGAGGACACACCCGUUAACAAGACCUUCGUUCCUGCCGCCUGGGCGACUGCUUAUGGAAGCAAUCUAGAAAGUAAGAAUGGUGCCGCCACUCCCUACCUGCAGAUCACUGACAGCAUCAGCACAAGCCGAGCACUUAAACAAAAGAUCAAGAAGAAGAGGAGAGGGGAGACGCGCCAGUGCCAGACAGCUGUAAUCAUCGGUCCUGACGGGCAGCCCCUGACGGUCUACCCCUGCCACAUCUGUGGCAAGAAGUUCAAAUCGCGGGGCUUCCUGAAACGCCACAUGAAGAAUCACCCGGACCACAUGUUCAAGAAGAAGUACCAGUGCACCGACUGCGACUUCACCACCAACAAGAAGGUGAGUUUCCACAACCAUCUGGAGAGCCACAAGCUGAUCAUCAAGAACGAGAAGAUCCCGGAGUACACAGAGUACACGCGCCGCUAUCACGAGGCCAGCCCGCUCAGCUCCAACAAGCUCAUCCUGCGCGACAAGGAGCCCAAGCUGCACAAAUGCAAGUACUGUGAGUACGAGACGGCCGAGCAGGGCCUCCUGAACCGUCAUCUGCUGGCCGUGCACAGCAAAAACUUUGCGCACGUCUGCGUCGAGUGUGCCAAGGGCUUCCGGCACCCGUCGGAGCUCAAGAAGCACAUGCGGACGCACACGGGCGAGAAGCCCUACCAUUGCCAGCACUGCGACUUCCGCUGUGCCGACCAGUCCAACUUAAAGACUCACAUAAAGAGCAAACACGGCACCGACCUGCCCUUCAAGUGCGGGCACUGCCCGCAGGCCUUCGCCGACGACAAGGAGCUCCAGAGGCACACGGAGAUUUUCCAGGGCCAUAAGACUCACCAGUGUCCGCACUGCGAACACAAAAGCACCAAUUCCAGCGACCUGAAGCGGCACGUCAUCUCGGUGCACACGAAAGACUUCCCGCACAAGUGCGACGUGUGCGAGAAGGGCUUUCACAGACCCUCCGAACUGAAAAAACACGCGGAAACGCACAAGGGGAAUAAAAUCCACCAGUGCCGGCACUGCGAUUUUAAGACGUCGGACCCCUUCACGCUAAGCCGCCACAUUCUGUCCGUUCACACCAAGGACUUGCCGUUUAAGUGCAAGCGGUGCAAGCGCGGAUUUAGGCAUCAGAACGAACUCAAGAAGCACAUGAAGACGCACAGCGGCCGUAAGGUCUAUCAAUGCCAAUAUUGCGAGUACAACACUACGGACGCUUCGGGUUUCAAACGGCACGUCAUAUCCAUCCACACUAAAGACUAUCCGCACAGGUGUGACUAUUGCAAGAAGGGUUUCAGGCGGCCGUCGGAAAAGAACCAACACAUAAUGCGGCAUCACAAAGAAACCCUACUAUAAUGCUCUUUCUUUCAAAUCCCCGAAACAAGCUCCAGCGCUCCGCUCCACACGUGUCAUUUACAGCCCUCUUAUUUAAUGUUCUGCUUACGUGUAAAGAAGCAUCAAUCACAGCUGAGACGGGUAUAAGUGGCUGACAGUACGGUCUUGGGCGAAACGAUCAUGUCACACCUUUCACAGCCUUCAUUCAGGGUCUCAAAUGCCUAUAUUUUUAUACCUACAUUGCUUAAACGCUGUAAGCGAAUCGCAUUAUCCUCCAUAUUAAAGGAAUAGUUCACCCAAAAAUUUAAAUUGUCAUUAUUUGCUCACCCUCAGGUUGCUCCAAACAUCAUCUGAAGAGCAAAAAAGACAUUUCGCAGAAUGUUCGUGCUGCUGUCUAUCAUUAAGCAAUAACAUCUACUGACCAAAAACAUCAUAAAUGUGUCAUAGAAGUAUGCUUUUGUGGAAAAAAGCAGCACAGUGAUUUUGAGCUCCGUGGAGGGUUUGGAGUAACAUGAGGGCGAGUAAAUGAUGGGAGUUUUCUUUUAUGGGUGAUGUAUUCCCGGUCAGAGCAUCAUCAUAGAUCUUAGUCAGGAUAGAUGACAUACUGAAUUUCACAAAACAAGCUCGACGUACAGUCGUUAUAAUGGCAUGUGCUGUAUAAACCCAGAUCGCAUGUCAUUUCAGAAGUGUUUAAUGAAGUGUUUGGUCUGCUCAUCAGCUGUACAAUCAGUUUGUUGUUAAACAACAUUACACUCUACUGAACACAGCGCUGUCCUGACUAAAGUCUUUUCUCUGAAGUCAUUAAAUCAUUAGAUGUAUUUUACCAGCUAGUAUGUCCAGGUUUUACUGUACCCUUUACCGUUUUACACCCAUUAUGAUGAUAAUUUGAGCAGUUCUGUUGUGGUAUCUGAAACUGUGCGUUUUCCCGCGUUGCUCUGUGCGAUCCCGGUGUCUUGAGCGUUCCCUAACUCUGUGAAUACCACUACAAAACUCAACGUUUGUGUAAAAUGAAACGUUAACGACACGGCGAACACGCACAUACUGCCAAUUCUUUCUGAUCUCUUGAGUCAUGCCUUACAUGUCUUUGUUUUGCACUGAAUUCAGUAAGUAUGAAUUGUGAAUAUUUUUAACAAGUUUCACUUACGCUAUGAUAGAUGUAUACAUUAACAAAUGCAAAUCACGAGCACCUUUUGCUUUUAUAAUGUCACUUUUGAGUUAUUUAUUUUUUAGCGGGUGGGCAAACAGAGACACGACAUCCUGAAGCAGAAGCCAUCCUUCAUCCCCUUCCCAGCAGUAUUUGCGUGUAAAAGACCACAGCGAUUCAGGCAUGCCUUCGUAUCUAGCUCUGUUGAUCGGCGUAGCUUUCGACUUCUGAAAUGACUGUAGUUCACAGCAACUCUAGUACACAGCAUACCGCACAGGCUGGAUUUAGAGGGGCGGUACUUCCUGUCAAUCAUGUUUUUGCCCGACAUCCUAAUGUAAUGCUCGCUCCAAUGUGGUCAUGUGUAAAAACCUUUGCCAAAAGCUCUGAAAAAUGAAAUGUAAAGAGUGGGUAAUUUGCAACAGCUUUAAAAAGUUUAGUUUGCAAUAAUUCAGAUUCGUGAAAUCACAAGAUGCUACUUCUGCUGGUUUAUCAUCCAGACAAACAGAAAUCAUACUAAAAUGACAGCAUAAAUGGACGUAGCAGACUUUGCUUUAUUCACAGUUUAAUUGGUUGUAUUAAGUUAAAACAGUGUUUAAUUGAUCAAGUGCUUUAAGAGUGAUCGUACAUUUGAUCCCUGGACUCAGUGACGUGACGUCUUCAGACGUCGACUCUCAUUCAUGAACCACACGGAGAACUCUGUGUGUGUGUGUGUGUGUGUAAAUAGUUUCUUACGUAAAUCGACGUACUGAACAGUCGCAGCAGUUCAUGUAAUCGGUUAUGAGCGACUCACAGAUCGAUUCUGCUGGUGUUUUGUGAAUGAGGUUUGUGGCUUCUUGAUUUCUUUCACCCGUGCAGGCGUUUGACAGACGUCACGUCAGCGAUUAAACGUAUGCCAGCGGUCUAGAUAUUGCUGUGUUUGUUACAGUUGUGGUUGGAGACUAACAUUCUUCAUGGAAAAUUAAA